AUGAACCCCUGGACAGUACCAAUUGGUCACCUGAAUGACCUGUUGGUCGAUACCCCAAAGGAGGAGAAAAAUGAAGAAUGUUCGCUAGAAGAAUUGGAUAUACCUCAGGAGGUAAUUCAGGCCUUAGGACGGAUGGAGAUUUCCCAUCCGUCAACUAUACAGCGACUGUCCAUUAAGAAGGCUCUACAGAAGAAGAACCUAAUUGUACAAGCGAAAAACGGCACGGGAAAAAGCAUGUCCAUAUGUAUCAUCGUGGCGAGUAAAAUAGUGGAAAAGGUGAAGAGGAAAUAUCUCAAGGGGGGUCACCUCAAGGAGCCAGAAAGGAACUUGUCCGAAUUGCCACUGAACGAGACAGACCCAUCAUUGUGUCUCUUCCUUCACUCCAUAAUCCUUGUACCUACCCGUGAGCUCUGCGUACAGCUCUGUGAUAACAUAAAGGAGAUUUCCCAUCAGGGUAUAUUUAUUAAUGGAGAAAAUGAGCAACUCGCACGGGUACAUGAAAAUGUUAGCAGUUCCUCCUUCCACAACUCAUUAUUAAGUCAUCAUCGUUAUGGAGAAAACAGUGGCAAGGAGGUUGAGAAGCAAUCCCCCUUCGAAGUGAAACCCAUGGUACUGUAUGGAGGGACCGAUGUAGUAGAAAAUGUGCGUAUGAUAUUUUCGUGCCUUCCCCACGUAAUAAUAUCUACCCCUGGAAGGUUGAAACAUGUGUUAAGUAUUUUGAAGCGACUUCAUGUGGAGCUGGGACAAACAGAAAGGAAAGGAUGCUCUACCCAAGUGCCACUUACCAGGAUAGCAAAUGUUCUGAUAAAACAGUUAAUAUUAGAUGAGGUGGAUGCCCUCCUGGAUGAACAAUUUCAAGAACAGAUAAAGUUCAUCCUCAGUCAGGUCGUAAGUCCCAAAGUUCAAGUUCUCUGUUACAGCUCUACCUUUCUUGAAUCAACAAUUACUAGCUUUCUAAAGAUGGUUCACCAACAUGAUGUGGGCUAUGUUUCUAAGUGGAAGGGUUUUUGCGUGAAAAGCAUUGAUAAUAUAUUGGCUGGGAACAGGGAGAGAGAUCUUCCUAAGGGGGAUUUCCUUGAAUCCUAUGUAGGAUGUAUUUCGCCGGAGGAAAUGCAACAAGAAAUGAAGGUAACACACACACUGGACAAGGAUACACUACCACAGAUGAACGAUCCGAGUGACCAUGGGGUGGAGGGAGAAGAGGCUUCGCUCGAAGAAUAUCACAACGGCGAUGAAGUGAACUCUCCACCCGGUAUCUCGCAAAACAACCGCAUACAUACAAAAGUGAAAAAAAAAAAAAAAAAAAAAAAAAAAAUUAGGAGAAACAAAUCCAAGGGGAUGAACUCCAUCGAAGAAAUGAUACGAGCACAGAGUGUCUUCCAAGACGACAGUUCCAUUCGGUACAUAUUAAAAAAAAUUGUAAAGGAAAAGCGAAAUGUUGUCAUGUGUGUUAAGCCAAAGAGGGAGUUUGAAUUCGUGCAGACAUGCACCUCAGUCAUCAUUCAUGAGAAAGGGGCUGUCGGAAGGAAACAGUCCAAUACCAUGGUAAAUCAGUUCAUUGACCAUGCGGCGGGUGUAGAGGGUAGUGUCUACAAUGUGGCUGAGGGAAGUGAUGGGGAGAAGCGCUCUGGCGACAUUCUGGGAUCACCCAUCUUGCGAAACGUUAGGCACUGCUUCAUCACAGUGAACAACGAAGGUAUGAAUAAGCAUGAGGAACUCAAAUACAAAAUGAAGGUAAUUCUAAAGGUAGUAAAGGAAAUAAAAUUUCAUCAAUGCUUUCUCUUUAUUAACAACACGUAUGAGGGGGUGCAAGUGAGCAAGGUGCUAAAGAAGCAUGAGGUGUCUUGCUACUACACGAGUUCCAAGGUUGAUCACCAAGAAAGGAUGAAUGUUUUUCAUAGACUCAAGAGAAAUGAGGUGAAGGUUGUUGUUUGUAGUGAUGUCAUGAGCAGAGGUAUCGACAACAUUGUGUGUGAUCUGGUCAUUAACCUUGAUAUACCACAGAACAAGGAAACCUAUAUUCAUCGGUCGGGGAGGUGUGGACGCUAUGGGAACAGGGGGCUGUGUAUAAGCCUUUGUAACUAUUCGGACUACGCCUACCUGUACUACUUCAAGUAUCAGCUGCGACUCCCUGUGCACGACUUCUGCUACCUCCGUAGGGAGCAGGAGUUCUCACAGGGGGCGAACCAAUUAGUGGAGGGGAGUAACGAACUAGUGGAGGAUACUAACGAAUUAGUAGAGGAUACUAACGAAUUAGUAGAGGAGGCUAACGAAUUAGUCGAGGAGGGUAACGAAUUAGUCGAGGAAACUAACAAAUUUGUGGGGGGAGAUUCCCCGAAUGGUGCCCCUUGGCGCAAUUCUUACGAUAUACUCGUUAAGGGAGAAGGGGAGGAAGAAGCCAUGAGGGAAGAAAACACCCUGGGUGAGCACUCCGCCAGUUGCGUUGAAACCCAAUUAGGAAUCCAUGUAGUAGAGCAGAAAGUUCCCGUUCAAGCGUGUCGCUUAACGCGCGCCCCGAGGCAGAAGGUCCUCACCCUGAACAUCAAGGGGUUCUUCGCCGACGGUAUACACAUCGAAGGGGGGGGUAGCCAUGUGAAGAAGGAACCAGAUGGCCCACUCCACGAUGUCGGGCUCAAAGUGCGUGUGAAGAAAUUUGUGAGCAGAUUCAAAAUUGUGAAAAAAGAAGUCUCCUGCCAGUUUUAUCUCCCCAACGAUGAUGUAAAUGUCUUUAAGUCGAUAAGCAUCGUACAGGACAAGUCCAACCUUAUUAUUUUCUUCCUCUUUAAGAGAAGAAUACGGAUGCGCUUCCUUUCCUUUCGCUCAAUGCCACUUCCAGAAGGGGACGAGCAGGAAAAGGGCAGUAAGUGGUGCAGAUCCAACUACUGUUUCCUUUUUUUUUGCAAUUCGGAUAGCUACCUAGUGCUCAAGGUCUUUUAUUUCUUCCUCUUCCUGUUUAAGCAUUAUCAGUAUCCCCUUAGGGAGGCCCUGACUCCCUUGCUGAUUCAUUCAGGGCCGAUUACAGUGAAGGGGGGAAAAUGGAAAAAGAAAUGUGGAAAAUAUUACCACGUAUUUCGUCCCAAUCGAGUCAAUUUCAACUACGUGUCGGAUACCUGCCUUAUGAUAAGUAACCACAUCGAAACGAAAGAGAAGAAGAAAAAAAAAAAUUUUAAAAGGUACGAAAGUGAUGAAGAUUUUUACAUGAACAGGCAAGGUAAAAAUAUAACUACUUUUCAAAAGGCCAUGUUUUACCCAUUCCUCUUGGGGAACCGAAAGACACAUCGCUUGAAUGGAAAAUUAAACAACCCAGAUUCUGUACGAAGGGAAUAUACCCAUGCGGAAGAUAUCCAUAACGGAGUUUAUGAAGAAAUUUUACAACAGACAGGGGUGGAGCUGCAACCUAGCUCACUGCCUCUAGAAAGCGCUCUCAGCCAGAUAAAGGCAAACUGCCAUGAGAAGAAAAAAAUUCUCACCUUUUCUCAAAAGUGCAGUGAAAAUCCCUGCAUGAAUGACCAGCGGAAGAUCGUCCAGAAGGUGAACAACCUGGUGGCCCCGCAAGUGUUCCUAAAUUUAUCCCAUGGAGAGGAGGACGUCCAUUUGUUGAAAGGACUCUUCCUGCAGAAUCACGUGCAGCUCCAUGAUGGAAACAACGCGGAUGAUGAAAACAACCGUGUACAAAAAAACGAGAGCGCUUUUGCGAAUUUGGAAGAGCGAAGAGAAGGUUACGCGCAGUAA